UUAAUGUUGCAGGCGGACGGUCGUGUCAUUUGUACUGCAGCUCAGCGGGUAAAAGGAGGGAAGAGAGUUGUUCUCGGUCACCUGGACUGCAGACCCGAGGAAUCAACAUACUCAAGUGUGCGUAUGUUUCACUGUGAAAGGGUUACCAUGAAACACCCUUACCACGAGGCCAGGAGAGACGGCACUAUGGAGAAAAGCUUUGCAGCAGAGUCGAAGCUGCUGCAGCUCAAAGCCUCUCCGGUGAAGGAGCCCAACCCCAUCAAAGCUCCCUCUCCAGAGGUCACCAACACCCUGUUUGCUAUCAAGAACCUCGUCAGUGCAGUCCACAACAAGGAAAACAGCACCACGACGGAACACGAGCAGACACAGGAUGAAUGCUUUGAAGAUAGUGGCUAUUUAUCUUUGCACAAUAGUCGGAUCGAGUGUCACCAUGAAGAGGAAGGCCUUGUUCAGGAGAAACCAGCAGCAGGGCUCUCUGCUGCCGCAGCACACCCAGAAAAGACUGCUGUCUCAAAGGAUUCUCCUACUAAAUGCCAAGGGAGGACUAAACCCAGCCAUCAAGCGUCUCUGGCGGUUUCCACUCCUGUGGGUCGUUCAGUGAGAAGGACACUGUCAUCAACCCCCUCCGACCGACACACUGACCACAACCUGCCCAUUCUCAGGUUUGAGCAGGUUGUAUGUGAAGAACUUGCUAAGAACUACAAGAAGAAUAAGAGAUAUGACUGGAGCAUCAUCUCAAAGGUGGCAGAGAACCAUCUUUUGGAUCGUGUGAUUGGGGGUCAUAUGGGUCUGGAAUAUGUCGAUAUGUUUACGUCUCUGCUGUCCAGGAAUAUGAGAAGCAUCCUAACCAACAUCCUGGCACUGCUGGGGGAAAUGGAUCUCAUUAGCUGUAAGAAAGUGAGUCGGACGUGGAGGAAGAUAAUCUGUGAGGAUACAGCAGCUAUGAGAAGGUGUCAGCAAGCCGAGACAGCACUCAGGGAGUCGAGGAGCUCUCUGAGGCAGAAGGCUUCUGGUCUGACGAGAGAUGUGACUAUGUCCAGGGUGGUGUUAUCCUGCAUGCAGACUCUGGCUUCCUCAAGUGCACCUUCAUCAUCCUCUUCCUUGUCCACUCCAAGCUCUAAGAGCAAUAGACGGACACCUUCCGUCCAGGACAGCACACCUAAAAAUCAGUCUACACGCUUCAAUCAAUUCACGCAGGCUGCCAGCAGGCUAAAAAAUCACGAGUCUCAGCGGUGCUGCAGGCGUUGUGGCUCACCGGCUACCCAUUUAAGCGAGGUUCAAAGGGCCACCUGCACUCGCUCCAGCUGCCUCUUUGACUUUUGCACCCGUUGUCAAGAACCUUUCCAUGGCUCGACGCCCUGCCGAAUGGUGCAGCCAAAAUCCCAAUUCUCUACCUCCAAGACAAAUCCAAUCCUACCCGGGAGUGCUCGCAGCAAGAGGAGCAUCAGACGCCUCUGAUGGUGUUUUUGUUCUGAUCGUUUUUAAAUGGCCAGGGUCAUCGUCAACAACAUUUCCAGUGGCUCUGCCAGAACUUCUGGCUGCUUUUAUUCAGGCCCAAGGUGGAAAUGGCAAUAUUAUUUGUGCUUUUAUGGGGGGGGUGAAGAAAAGAACUUUGUCAUGCAGAUCUCUGAAUCAAACGAGGGAAGCACUUAUGUCACUGCACAACCAGAAAGUGUCAUUGGAGCAUCAGAGACCUCUUAUUCCCCAAAAAGAAGUAUAAAAUGUCAGGCUUUAAAUGUUGCAGUUUUGUUUUUUUAAGAAUUAAAUUGCUGUAAAUACAAUGUUGUUUUUACAAAGUUUUAAAUAUUUUUAAUAAAUGCUAAUCUCAGGUUUAGUUCUGAUUUACUGCAUUUGUAUAUUUAUCUGUAAAUAGACUAUUCAUAAAGGUUAUCCUGUUGUUUGUAUACUUGUCAACAUGUUCACAGACCUCAGUUUUUCAUGAGUGAGUUUGUCUCAUCUUUAAAGGAAACUUUUCAAUGUUGCAUAAUAACAAUA